CAAGUUUCAGAAUGACUUUGUUCAUUCUGCUUACUUUCAUUUGGUGGGCAAAUACAGGUCAUGUCCAUGGAAGCCAUUCAGCCAACAUCACUGCAAUCCUGGACCGCCUGCUGGACGGCUACGACAACAGACUGCGCCCCGGCUCUGGCGGAGGGAUAACCGAGGUGAAGACGGACUUCUUCGUCACCAGCUUUGGACCGGUUUCAGAUGUUGAAAUGGAUUUCACCAUGGACAUGUUCUUCCGGCAAAUGUGGGUGGACGAGAGGCUGAAGUUCGAAGGGCCAACCGAAAUCCUGCGUCUUAACAACCGAAUGGUGGACAAGAUUUGGACCCCAGACACUUUCUUCCGCAACUCCAAGAAAUCCCUGGCCCACAACAUGACAACCCCUAAUAAAAUGUUCCGCAUCAUGCAGAAUGGAACUGUGCUCUACACCAUGAAGCUGACUGUCAUCGGAGACUGUCCCAUGCAGCUCAUGGACUUCCCAAUGGAUGGCCACACCUGUCCUCUCCGGUUCGGGAGCUAUGCCUACACCAACCGUGAGAUCGUGUUCACCUGGAGGAAGGGCCCCAUCCACUCGGUGGACUGCCCCAAGGAGUCCAUGAGCCUCCUGCAGUACGACCUGGUGGGCCAGUCGCUGUCCAGCACUGUCUUCAAGUCCAACACCGGUCACUACUCGGUGAUGGUCGUCCACUUCCUCCUCCAGAGGAAGCUGGGCUACUACCUGAUCCAGACCUACAUCCCCCUCAUCAUGGUGGUGGUGCUGUCGCAGGUGUCCUUCUGGAUCAACAAGGAGUCUGUUCCAGCCCGCACCGUCGCUGGCAUCACCACCGUCCUCACCAUGACAACGCUGAGCAUCAGCGCCCGCCAGUCGCUGCCCAAGGUGGCCUACGCCACCGCCAUGGACUGGUUCAUCGCCGUGUGCUUCGCCUUCGUGGCGUCCGCGCUCAUCGAGUUCGCGGCGGUCAACUACUUCGCCACGCUGCAGGCGCACCGUCUGAAGAAGCAGAAGGCCAAGCUGCACGAGAUGGAGAUGAUCGCCGAGGAGGACGAGGACGAGGCUUUGCCGGACGGCUUCCCCCGGGGGACCCUGAAGAGGAGGAACCACUCCAUGGCCCCCAGUGAGGGGAACGUGCCCAUCUUCCUCCAGCAGGGCUCCGCAGUGCCGGCCAACCCCCAGCUGGCCGGGACCAGCCCCAUCGACCAGUACUCCCGCGUCCUCUUCCCCCUCACCUUCGCCCUGUUCAACAUCGUCUACUGGUCCAUGUACCUGUCCAAGGACACCAUGGAGAAGCCCAGAGACAUGAAUUCACCGUCCUCUUAGACGAAGAGCACCCCAUGGGCAUGUGACGGUGGAGGGACGGCGCCUAUUCCAUCUCCGUCGCUCUUUCUCUCCAUCGCUCUCGCUUUU